UGGCUCUUCAGAUGAAAUAUUUCAACAGUUUUGUGGUUUAGAAUUUUCUUUUAUCCCUUUUUAAUGUUUCUGCAGUGAUCCAAGGCCUGGUUUUGCUCCGGAAGUCUGCCCUGCCUCCUGUAGUCUGGCGCUAUGCAUCCAGAUCUUGGGCCCUUAUGGACAUUGCUGUGUGUGAUUCUGGGGCUGCUGUGCUCUUCUGCAAGCUCAGACUUGGCACCAGCCUUUAUUUCUGAGCCUGUCUCUGCUGUCCAGAAACUUGGUGGACCUGUGGUGCUUCAUUGUUCUGCUAAACCUCUGACUGCGCACAUCUCAUGGUUGCAUAAUGGAAGAAGAUUAGAUAGAAACGUGGAGCAGGUUAAGAUGCGUGAGGGAACCUUGACAAUUUUUUCUCUUAACCCCUCGCUUUCGGGUUCCUACCAGUGCGUUGCCAACAACAGCGUUGGUGCCAUUGUGAGUGGCCCUGCAACAGUCUCCACUGCAGUUCUUGAGGAUUUUGAUUCAUCCACAAAACCCGUCAUUACAGCAGAGGAAAGAAGUACUGGCUUCAUUGCCUGUGGGGUACCAGCCAGUAUCCCCAAAGCUGAAGUGCGUUACAAAAUCCGGGGCAAGUGGCUGAAACAUUCCACAGGGAAUUACUUCAUCCUUCCCUCAGGAAAUCUCCAAAUUCUGAAUGUAUCCACAGAGGACAAAGGGUCAUAUAAAUGUGCAGUUUAUAAUCCUGUCACCCAAGAAUUAAAAGUGGAACCUGUUGGCCAAAAGCUCCUUGUGAGUCGCUCUGCCACAGACGAUAUCCACAUCCUUCACCCCACUCUUCCUCAGGUGGUAGCUGUCCUCUCUCACAGUGCCGUGACCCUAGAAUGUGUGGUGAGCAGGGUCCUGGCCUCACCAGUGCGAUGGCUGAAGGACAGGCAGGAGGUCGUGCUGGGGAGGACCUGGAGGAGGUGGCACUCUCACCUGACCACAGAUAGCAUUGACCCAGCUGACGCCGGGAACUACACCUGCAUGGUGGGAAGCCCCUCGGGAGAAGUAAAACACGUGACAUACACGGUUGAUGUACUUGAGCAUGCCUCAAUUUCGGCAGGCCUGCAGGACCUGACAGUGCCUCUUGGUGCCACAGCUCAGUUUACCUGUGAAGUUCAUGGGAAUCCUAUGCCCAACCGCACCUGGCUUCAUAAUGCCCAUCCCAUCCCCCCUUCCCCACGACAUGUGGUCGUAGGGAAUGAACUGAAAAUUAGUGGGGUUACUCUGGAAGACACCGGACUGUAUCAGUGUGUGGCAGAUAAUGGGAUUGGAUUUAUGCAAUCAACUGGAAGACUUGAAAUUCAAAAAGACAAUGGAUUCAGACCAGUUAUAAUCACAGCACCAGCAAGUACGGAAGUGGUAGAUGGGGACUUUGUCACCCUGUCCUGUAACGCCACUGGAGUGCCAGUUCCGGUCAUUCGUUGGUAUGACAGCCACGGACUCAUCACCAGCCAUCCAUCUCAAGUCCUUAGAUCAAAAUCCCGAAAAUCGCACUCCGUCGGGCCCCAGGGCUUGCACCCAGAGCCUGUCUACUUCAUCAUGUCUCGGGCUGGCUCAAGCUCUCUCUCCAUUCAAGCAGCUACUCAGGAGCAUGCUGGGAAAUUGAUCUGUGAAGCUACAAAUGAGCAUGGCUCCACACGGUCAGAAGCAUUUCUAACAGUUGUUCCUUUUGAAGCCAAUACAAAAACAGAAACAGUCACUCAUUCAGAUGCUGCUCAGAAUGAUGAGACAAACGGCUCUGAGAGUACAUUGCCGAGCCCGCUGCCAGGCCAGGCGCAUCCCAGUGCUGGGGAGUUGCCCUCAGAGAAAAAUGCCCGUGGUGCGUCCGUUCCUGAUGCUCCCAUCAUCCUAAGCCCUCCUCAGACUCAGACCCCAGAUACGUACAACCUGCUGUGGAGGGCAGGGAAGGAUGGUGGCCUGCCCAUCAACGCCUAUUUUGUGAAGUAUCGCAAGCUGGAUGAUGGAGCUGGUGUGGUGGGAAGCUGGCACACGGUUCGAGUCCCAGGAAGUGAAAAUGAGCUCCAUUUAACUGACUUGGAGCCGGCUAGUCUGUAUGAGGUCCUGAUGGUGGCACGAAGCGCCGCCGGGGAGGGACAGCCUGCUAUGCUCACCUUCCGAACCAGCAAAGAGAAAACAGCGUCAUCCAAAAGCACCCAGGCAUCCUCGCCUCCCGUGCGCCUCCCUAAGCUUCCUGUUGAUGCAGAGGCUGCACACAGCAGUUUCGGAGUGGUUCUGACAGAUUCCUCCAGGCAUAGUGGAGUUCCAGAGGCACCUGACCGGCCCACCAUCUCCACUGCGUCAGAGACAUCCGUCUAUGUCACCUGGAUUCCCCGGGCGAACGGGGGUUCUCCCAUCACGGCUUUCAAGGUCGAGUAUAAACGGAUGAGGACCAGUGACUGGCUGGUGGCAGCCGAAGAUAUCCCUCCUUCCAAACUCUCUGUGGAAGUGCGUAGCUUAGAGCCAGGCUCAACAUACAAAUUUAGGGUCAUCGCUAUCAACCAUUAUGGGGAGAGUUUCCGGAGUUCAGCAUCUCGUCCUUAUCAGGUGGCUGGGUUCCCCAAUCGGUUUUCCAACCGUCCGAUAACUGGACCUCACAUUGCUUACACAGAGGCAGUCAGCGACACUCAGAUCAUGCUGAAGUGGACGUAUAUUCCAUCAAGUAACAAUAACACUCCCAUCCAAGGAUUUUAUAUUUAUUACCGACCCACGGAUAGUGACAAUGACAGUGAUUAUAAGAGGGACGUGGUAGAAGGUUCUAAGCAAUGGCAUAUGAUUGGCCACCUGCAGCCAGAAACAUCCUAUGAUAUUAAGAUGCAGUGUUUCAAUGAAGGAGGAGAAAGCGAAUUUAGCAAUGUGAUGAUCUGUGAGACUAAAGUGAAACGAGUUCCUGGAGCAUCUGAGUAUCCCAUCAAAUACUUCAGCACCCCUCCAAACUCCUCAGGCGGGGGCGGACACAUCGGGCCUGCCAGCAGCCCUUCCAGGAGCAGUGACAUGUUGUACCUGGUGGUAGGCUGUGUGCUGGGCGUCAUGGUCCUCAUUCUCGUGGUUUUCAUUGUCAUGUGCCUGUGGAAGAACUGUCAGCAGAACACCACACAGAAGUAUGACCCUCCAGGAUACCUCUGCCAGGGGUCAGAUAUUCACGGGCAGAUGGUGGAAUAUGCCACUCUCUCAGGGACAAACCCCAUCAACAGCAGUGCUCGCCGUGGCUUCCUGGGCAAUGGCAGUCUCCCCAACGGCUGCUCGCAUCUUCAUCAUAAGGCCCCGAACGGCGUCAGUGGAAUGGUGAAUGGGAACCUCAAUGGAGGGCUUUAUUCCGGGCAUACGAACUCUCUCACCAGGACACAUGUGGACUUUGAACAUACUCAUCAUCUAGCAAAUGGUGGUGGAAUGUAUACAGCUGUGCCUCAGAUUGACCCUGUGGAAUGCAUUAGUUGUCGAAAUUGUCGAAACAACAAUAGGUGUUUCACCAAAGCCAACAGCACUUUGAGCAGCGGCCCCCUUCCUGUGGUUCCCAUGGUAGCACCUUAUCCCCAGGAUGGUUUGGAGAUGAAAGCCCUGGGUCACAUGACGAUGCCUGUGUGCCUGGCUUCCACCGCGCCUGAGGGAAGCAGUGAGGGCAGCGUGGCACCAGUUCCUAGCCUGCAUGCUUGCUGUCGGGACAGCACUCGUGAUGCCAACCCUGCAGAGUUCAACAGAGGAGACAGCUGUGUCCGCUCAGAAACAGAGAGUAAAACUUUAAGUUGGAAUCCUCCCGCUUUGCCACCAGUCUCAGAGGAUGGAGCAGAAGAGACAGCUUGGUCUCCCCCUGGUGUUCCUCCGGACAGCCCGUCAGGGGUCCUUCAGCAACCCCAGGGGACCUGAGGAUUUGCAAAGGACCAGUCUUUGGACAGCCCGUCAGGGGUCCUUCAGCAACCCCAGGGGACCUGAGGAUUUGCAAAGGACCAGUCUUCCCACUUCAAGACAGCAACUGCACAGAACCGACUUGGGAAUGAACUGUGUGAAGGACAUUAAUUCAAAU